ACAAGGCCCUUUGGUGGGUUUUAGGUCUUCCUUCUCUAACAUUUGUAUGAAUAAGUGAAUGACUCCAAAAGGAGAGUAAUGGACAUUGCAGCAUGAACAAUCUCUUCGUGAGGUUAGAGGUGACUGCAAACACUUAUCUGAAUAAACUGAUGGCUAGGAGGUAGUGGAUACAUUGUAAUUCUGUUAAGUUAUAAGGUUUUCUGUUGACUUUGUACUUUUAAGCCCAAAUGCACUUUCACAAAAAAGUAUGUAUACCAGUUUUUCAUAGAUCCACCUACUUCUGAAUUCAGGGUAAAGUCACACCAGGUAUCUGGUUUAUUCAUUGAGUCACCUUAGCUAUGUGGAAGGCAGCAAGUCCAACAAGUUGUUUCUCCCCCAUCCUCCUGCAGAUGCAAAGGUGGAAAGAAGGUUCUUACUCAGAUACACACUGUGUACCAGCCUGGCACUGUGCCAAGCACUUAAUAAAAUUUCAACUUUUCACUUUCUAACCUUGACACUAAGUCUAGAGAUGGUAGGCUUCAAAUUGUGAGUUGCUAGAUUUUAAUCUCAGUUCCAGGUUGGGUUCUAAUUUGAAAUUAGCUGGAACUUUACAGAUUUGAGGGUGAAAUGAAUGCUGAGCAGAACUUAAUAGAGUAAGUUCUUGCUGAUGUUCUUGCUGAAUCUCCGUUAAUUAAGAAUCAAGUGAUAUAGGUAAUGGAUAUAAAAGUGCUUUGUACUACCAGACUUUCGUACAAUGUAAGAGACUAUUACAUAAGUGACAUUUCAGUGGCUUGACAGCAUUAAGGGUCUCUAAUUAAUAAGGAAGAACAUUUAAGCUGUUCUCUUAAGCUACAGGGCCUGGCUGUUGUCUUUAUUAGGUUGAGGAGGAAGCUCUGGAAGUCUGCUGGAAUUCGAGCAGCGGGUGUUGGAAAUGGACCUUUACAACUGCGAAACACAGAUAAUUGGGCACGUGUGGAGCGAGAGCGAGGACUGCCUGCCUUUCUUGCAGCUAGCGCAGGAUUACAUCUCCUCCUGCGGCAAGAAGACACUCCAUGAAGUCUUGGAAAAAGUCUUCAAGUCCUUCAGACCUUUACUGGGGCUUCCGGAUGCAGAUGAUGAUGCAUUUGAAGAGUACAGUGCAGAUGUGGAGGAGGAGGAACCAGAGGCGGACCACCCCCAAAUGGGGGUCAGUCAGCAGUAAACCUCCAAGGGCACCUUCUGGAGAAGGAAAGUGAGCCCGCUGUACCCUAGGUGGGGUUCUGUGCUCCUGGGUUAGCAUUUUGCAUUAGCACUUCGAAACAGGACGUCUGGCUCCCAGCAUCCAAAUUAAAAUGAAUUACCUUUUUAAUGACCAUACAAUAUCUGUGAUGAGCUUUGCUCAGAAGUGACCUGAAUUUCAGUCCCGCUUCAGUGGGGUUUCUAUGGAGUUGUCUUGGUAGCCUUUGCCACUUUGAAUUUAGAGUCUUUUGUGGCUGCCUAUUCUCUCUUGAGUUUAUGUUGGAGAAUUAACAUUCGCUGACUGGAAUGUAGAGAACUCUGAAUGUAUUAAGGAUGUGUUUUGAGUCCUCGCAGGUGACCUGGCUGAGGAACAGCAUGGCAGAGAAGCAAUGCAGUCUGCACUUUUAUGUACCUUUUAAGUGUCCAUAAGUGAAAGGUUUUGCUUAUAAAGCAUGAGUUUAAAUAUCUAGUCAUUAAACUGCACAAGUGCAAAUACAAGGGCAGAAAAGGAUGAUCACUUAGCUUUGGAUUAAGAGGGUAAGAGAGGCAGAGAAGCCUGGAGUGUUUCGCCAUCACUGAGCUGGUUACCUGGUACAUAGCAGCUGGUUCCUGGUUAGAUAUAAAUGUUACUUGCUUGUUCAAUUGUUUUAAAAAUGCUAAUUCCAAAGCCACUUUUUAGUCUAAUAGUGGAAAAUAUAAAGGGGUGAAAGACAAAAACUAACAAUUUCUUUAAGCAGUUUAUAAACCAUCCCAUAUAUGAAAUGAGACAUUUACCUUCUGUCUUUCUAAUGAGAUGGCCACUUGUUAAAUCAAAAAAAAAGUCCAGAAUCAAGUAAGUGCCACUUAAACUUUGAAGCCAUAGAUCCAUAGAUAAAUUUAGUAGGAAAAUAAACCAGGAUAAAAAUUUUUUAAAAAACUAUAACGGAAUCCUUUACUUUCUUAAUCUUUUAUUCUUAAAAAAAAAGCCAAGAAAAGGCUCCUGUUCUAUAAUUUGUUUAAAAUUAUAACAAGUACUUUAAGGGACCUAAUAGUAGUGAACUUUUAAAGUAACAUGAAAAUAGGCAACUUGAUGAUUGGGUGGCUUGGUUAAAGGGGGCAUAUUUAAUGAUCAAGAUACUCAGACAACUCACAGAAACAACUGCUGUCUUCAUUUAGCCAACAAAUGCUUACUGGGGACAUCUCUGUAAUGCCAGGUUGGAACUAUUUGACAUACUCGUUUUCUUGGACCUCGGCAUCAUCUCUGGUUCUAAUCACGUAGGAUGUGGAAUGAAUGCCUCUUUUACAGCACUUGACUUCCUCUAGCAUCUGGGCUGGGAAUGUUCCAAACAUGCCCACAUGUGCCCGUUAGGUUGUCAGUAUUUUGAAUUAAAAAAAAUCAGUAGCAGAGGCCACAGAACUCAUGGGAGUCUUGUACAUCUUCCAGGCAUGUUGGUGUGAACCUGAUCGUCUUAGCAUUUUCUGUUUAAUUAAGUGGUGCUGUGAGGAGCUUGGCUGCUCGUGGUCUAAUAGUGUGCUGUACUUUUCUGUCAUCGGGUAAAUAACACGGUGGUCUCCAUGUUUUAUUCUUUUUCUUGGGAAAGCACAUUAAAGGUUAAUUUCAAGUCAGAUCAAUUUCCCUAGAGUAACCUAUUAGCAAAAGCAGAUUCAGAGUUUCAUCCAUUGGGGUGUGUCCUGCCUCAGCAGCCCUGCCCCGUGCCCACUGGCUCUGCCCUGAACAGAGGUCAUCGUGAGCUGACAUCUGCAGAGAGUGCCAAGGUUUGGUACCCUUCAUUUUAAUACAGUGGUUGCAAGAACGACUUCUGCACCAAAAGGAAGAUAAGUGAUUAGUUUGCUCCAGUUCUAAGGUAAACUGGAAUUUACACACAGAGGGUUUUACAUCUAAAUUUACAUAUGCUUGGGAAUGGAAUGGUUGUUACUGUAGAAUAUAUCUUAUCAAAAAAAUGUUUAGACUUGAACCAGACACAUUUUGGUAUCACCAUGUUAACGUUUUGUUUAUAAAAAUUGAGCUGAAAUGGUCAGCCACUCACUGAGAAUUCUGGUCUCUGUUCUGCCUCAGUGAUGGGGGAGAGAUCACUGUGUGACUUAUUUCAUUGUAAAACCCCAAAGGCUUUAAGCAGAUCCAAUUGUUUCCUCUAAAACUUCCUUCUCUGACGGUGUGCACAUCCCUGCAGUGCUCUGGUGUGCUUACUCAAACACUCCCUCUAGCCCACACCGUGGAUACGCUCAUUGGCACCUGCCGGUCAGUUAGAUUGGGCAGCCUAUGUUAGGGAAUUGAUUCUGUGGUGCAACAGGUGUGGGACCUUUCCUAGACACUCACUAGGAGGUACAGCUGUGUGCUGGGGUGAGGAAAGACCCUAGGUUCUAGCCUUGACUCUGCCUUUUUUUUUUUUUUUUUUUUUGGUACCAGUGAUUUAACCCACGGGCUAUCCCACUGAGCCACAUCCUCAGCCUUUUUUAUUUUUUAUUUAAGUUGCUUAGGGCCUUGCUAUAUGGCUGAGGCUGGUCUCAAACUUGAGAUCCUCCUGCCUGAGCCUCCCCAGUUGCUGGAAUUACAGGUGUGCACUGCCACACCUGGCUUGCCUCUGCCAUUGACUGUGAUCUUGAUGAGUCAUUUGGCUAGUCUCUGGAACAGGGGUAUUUGCUCUUCCAGCUUUUAAGACUGGCCUUCUUUACCUGCUUAACCAACUGUAUGUAUGUAGGAGCAACCAUCAAGGAUACUUAGAGACACAAAAAGAAAUGUGUUUGGAAUCUUGCCAAAGAUACUGUCCCUAGGAUGCUGGCCCCGUGGACUGCUUUAGAAAGUGUUGAUUUGUGAGUGUCCAAACCUCUGGAGCCUGGGAUGGGCCCCUGCCUGUGUGGCUGAUGAAAUCCUGUUUCUCCUAGGAGAGGGCAUAGGGAAAUCCUGUUUCUCCUAGGAGAGGGCAUAAGGAAAGCCCCAGAAGAUGUGCUUGUCUCAGCUGUACAUAUGCUGCCUGUGGAGGGCAUAGCUUCUUAGUGUCCCAACAUUGGAGGCUUUGGAAGUGGUAUGCAUUUAGCUUAACUGAGAGGGGAGAUUUGCAUGUAGAACAAUUGAAAGACAACGAAAGAGUCCUUUGACUUUUACCCUGUCAUUCAGGAGAGAGAAAGUAAAGUGUGGGGGGGUGGGGGUGAAUGUGGGGGAUGUGCUGAUUGCUCGUUGAUCCCUGUGGCCAGCAGUGAAAUCUGAAAUCAUGCCUGUGAUAAUACACCAAACCUUGAUCCUGGGUUUGAGUGAACCACGGAGACGUUUUUCCUGGCUGCCUGGUUGCUUUCCUCUGUCUGAUGUGUGGAGCAGGCUUCAGGGAACUGCAGGGACUGCAGGCCCAGGGAGGGUGAAGCCCCACGCAGUGCCUGGCACCACCAUGGGUUCAGUGCACCGAGGUGUCCACCCAUGUCCCCCAGGCCCACAGCAGCACAUGGUACAUUGUUCUUCCACGAGCAGAACACAAAAAGUCUGUUAUGUCGGGAGAUUGUCCUUAUGUCCUGGUACCAGAAUUGGGCUCCCAGUGUACUUAAGAGAAAACUUCUCUAGUAGCAACUGUCAUUGUUCACGUAUAAACGGAAACUGUUCUCUAGCACAAUAUGCGUCUCUGAAUACUGUUCCAGUUUCAUAAGAGCACAAAGUGGAUGGUCCUAGGGGAGCUGUGAUCCCAGAGCAUCGGUGCAGUUGAUAUUUUAGAAACCUGCUGGGCAUGUUUAAAUUCAUGAGCUGGGAAACUAGUAUGAACAAAUCUGGCUUCGCACAGCGAGAGGCACGUAGGAAUCCACAGGACUUCAUUUGGGGUGGGAGGAGAGGAAUAGGCACAAUGAAGGAGUUAGGUCUCUAAGUCAGGUGUCUUGAGUUGGAGGGGCACCCUUGACAGUUACCCCAUGAGGUGCAGGAAAACUGUUCUCCUGGAUGACUCUAGGGGCCUCCUAGCUUUAGAAAAUUGACUGCGGAGAGGACUGAGAGGAAAGACCUUGUGCUGGUGAUGGCUUUGUGAUUUUAAAAAUGCCCCUACACCUCCCAGUCCCUAGGCCAAAGGAUGCAUUAGGUGUUCUGCACGUCUGGUGACGUUCCUUCCCUUAAUAAAACCAGCUGCCGGCCAGAGAAGCCUGUCUUCCAAGAGUGCUGACAGAUCCAAGAGCAGCUAUCAUCACAGGCAGGUAGAACAGGAACCCAACUUGGGUCUCACCAGGGCUGCCAGAGGCCCUUGUCGGGCACAACCAUCUGCUUCACCUGCUUCAGGGUUGCAGAAAGAGCACAAUGAAAAUCCCAGUGAGCGCUGACUCCAAAGAGCUGCCUGUCGGUUGCUUCAUCUUCAGAGAAGCCUAACUUUUUUUUUUUUUUUUGCAUUAAAAAAUAUUCUUCUUUCAUAAAGACCCAGUUUUCUUGGUUUUAUUAUAACAGGUAUGACAUGAGAAGCUGAGGUCUUUUAGGUUUUAUAUGGAAUAAUUCUAAGACUUGACAGAAUGCCAGUAGCCCAGGGUGUCCGUGGCAGUGUGCUGUCAGCAUUUCAUGUUCGAAACCCCACUUACAGCACCAGAAGGCUGAAUAGGCACAAGCAGUUCAUGGUGUGUAUCAGGCCACACAACAAUCAAUACUGAAUUGGAACUGUACUCAAGUUGUUUGGUACUAAGAGGAAGCUGACAGUCUGUUCUUGGUAAACUACCUUCCCCUGGUUUUUUCUUCCGUUUUGUUAUUGUUUCUCAAGAUUCAUUUCUUUACCAGGUACUUUCUGAUACAAGCGUCAAGUCGCAGAGUACUCUGUACAAGCGUCAGCUUUGUAGAGGAGGAAGUAAACCUUUAAUGCCAGGCAAAUUGGAACCCAUCUGCCUGUCAGUCCCAGUUGGUGUAUGAGAGCACAUUUAGCCAUCGACAGGAGAAGCAGAAGCAAAAGCAAGGAACAAUUGUUUUUGUUGGUUUUGGGGAUUUUUUGUUUUUUGUUUUUUUUUUUAAGGCAAGAUGUGUUUCCUGUAGGGUGUGUGUACUUUCUUUGCCUUCACGUUUCCUUUGAAAGAAAUCUCUUGUAAAUUACAAAACUGUGAAAUGGGUUGCCAAAAACCAUUGCCCUUUGUUAGAUGCCUCAAACAGUGGAAAAAAAUCUCUCCUGCACCCUGUCCACAUCUGCUCCCUCCUCCCUUCCCUGGAGGGAGGAUCUCAUCCAACGAUGUAAUUACCAUACGCUUGCUAUUAAAGAGCCUUCCAAACCCUG